AUGUGGCAGGGACUAAACACAGUAACGGACUAUAAAGUAAAAACUCGCGGUGCAGUAAACAUCAGUGCUGCACUUCCAGACGAGCUAAACACCUUUUACGCCCGUUUUGAGGCAAAUCACACGGCGCCUCUGGUAGAACCCACCGCUACUGAACCGAACACACUCACUGUCUCUGUGGCUGAUGUGCGCAGAUCUUUUAAACGCAUUAACACGGCAGCCGGACCGGACGGAAUUUCUGGACGUGUCCUUAAAGUCUGUGCGAAUCAGCUAGCAGGAGUGUUCACAGACAUUUUCAAUCUCUCUCUUUCUCUCUCAGUCAUGCCAGCAUGCUUCAAACUGGCCACCAUUGUCCCCAUCCCAAAGACUGCUACUGCUUCUGCCUCAUGCUUAAAUGACUGGCGCCCAGUUGCUCUGACCUCUGUCAUAAGCAAGUGCUUCGAGAGGCUGGUCAGAGACUUCAUCGGCUCAUCACUGCCUGAAACCCUGGACCCUCUACAGUUCGCUUACAGACAGAACAGGUCCACUGAUGAUGCUAUAACCCUGACACUACACACUGCUCUAUCUCACCUGGACAAGAAGGACACAUAUGUGAGAAUGCUGUUCGUAGACUACAGCUCAGCUUUCAACACCAUUGUACCUUCGAGACUGGACAUUAAGCUCCACGACCUGGGUCUGAACAGUUCUCUGUGCAGCUGGAUCCUGGACUUUCUGUCUGAUCGACGCCAGGUGGUCAGGAUGGGAAACAUCACCUCCUCCUCACAGACCCUCAACACCGGAGCUCCCCAGGGCUGCGUUCUGAGUCCCCUGCUCUACUGCCUGUACACACAUGACUGCACUGCUAGUCACAGCUCCAACGUCAUCAUCAAAUUUGCAGAUGACACGACGAUCAUAGGUCUGAUCUCCAACAACGACGAGACAGCCUACAGAGAGGAGGUCAGCUUCCUGACACACUGGUGCCAGGAAAAUAACCUCUAUCUGAACGUCAACAAGACCAAGGAGCUGAUUGUGGACUUCAGGAAGCAGGAGACAGCGCACGCCCCCAUCACCAUCAACGGAGCCACGGUGGAGAAGGUCAGCAGCUUUAGGUUCCUCGGGGUCCACAUCACUGAGGACCUCACAUGGACAGAACACACCACACGGGUGGUGAAGAAGGCCCAACAACGCCUCUUUUUCCUCAGACGGCUCAAGAGGUUUGGCAUGAGUACCCGUAUCUUUAGGACUUUUUACACGUGCACUGUGGAAAGUGUAUCGACAAGGCUGCAUCACCGCCUGGUACGGGAGCUGCACUGCUCUGGAACGGAAAGCCCUGCAGAGGGUCGUACGGACAGCUCAGCGUAUCACCAGGGUUCAACUGCCAAACCUCCAAGACCUCUACACCAGCCGCUGCCUGAGGAAGACCAGGAGGAUUAUAAAGGACUCCACCCACCCGGGCCACUGCCUGUUUUUACAGCUGCCGAGCGGCAGGAGGGGAAGAGCUUCAGGUUCCAGAGUGCUCUCAAGAUACACCAGCGCAUUCACACAGGAGAGAAACCGUAUCAGUGCUCACAGUGUGGGAAGAGCUUCAGGUCCCGAAAUGAACUCAAAAUACACCAGCGCAUUCACACUGGAGAGAAACCACAUCAGUGCUCACAGUGUGGGAAGAGUUUUAAUACACAGAGUAAUCUCAAAAUACACCAGCGCAUUCACACUGGAGAGAAACCGUAUCAGUGCUUACAGUGUGGGAAGAGUUUUACUGGACAGAGUGCUCUCAAAACCCACCAGCGCAUUCACACUGGAGAGAAACCAUACCAUUGCUCACAGUGUGGGAAGAGUUUUAAUGCACAAAGUCAUCUCAGUUCCCACCAGCGCAUUCACACUGGAGUGAAACCGUAUCAGUGCUCAGAGUGUGGGAAGAGUUUUAAUACACAGUAUAAUCUCAAAACCCACCAGCGCAUUCACACUGGAGAGAAACCGUAUCAGUGCUCACAGUGUGGUAAGAGUUUUAAUACACAGAGUAAUCUCAAAAUACACCAGCGCUUUCACAAUGGAGAGAAACCAUAUCAGUGCUCACAGUGUGGGAAGGGUUUUACUGGACAGAGUGGUCUGAAAAAACACCAGCGCAUUCACACUGGAGUGAAACCGUAUCAGUGCUCACAGUGUGGGAAGAGUUUUAAUGCACAGUAUAAUCUCAAAACCCACCAGCGCAUUCACACUGGGGAGAAACCAUAUCUGUGCUCACAGUGUGGGAAGAGAUUUAAUACACAGAGUGAUCUCAAAACCCACCAGCGCAUUCACACUGGAGUGAAGCCGUAUCAGUGCUUACAGUGUGUAAAGAGUUUUACUACACCGAGCCAUCUCAAAAAACACCAGCGCAUUCACACUGGAGAAAAACCAUAUGAGUGCUCACAGUGUGGGAAGAGUUUUAAAUCACAGAGUCAUCUUAAACAGCACCAGCGCAUUCACACUGGAGAGAAACCGUAUCAGUGCUCACAGUGUGGAAAGAGUUUUACCCGACUGAGUUAUCUCAAAGAACACCAGCGCAUUCACACUGGAGAGAAACCGUAUCAGUGCUCUCAGUGUGGAAAGAGGUUUAAUCAUCAGAGUGCUCUUAAAAUGCACCAGCGCAUUCACACUGGAGAGAAACCGUAUCAGUGCUCUCAGUGUGGAAAGAGUUUUAAUCACCAGAAUGAUCUUAAAAUACACCAACGCAUUCACACUGGAGAGAAACCGUAUCAGUGCUCUCAGUGUGAGAUGCGUUUUUAUCAACAAAGUGCUCUCAAAAAACACCAGCGCAUUCACACUGGAGAGAAACCAUAUCAGUGCUCAGAGUGUGGAAAGAGUUUUAAUACACUGGGUAGUCACAAAGAUCACCAGCGCAUUCACACUGGAGAGAAACCGUAUCAGUGCUCAGAGUGUGGUAAGAGUUUUAAUCAUCAGAGCAAACUCAAAAUACACCAGCGCGUUCACACUGGAGAGAAACCGUAUCAGUGCUCACACUGUGAAAAGAGUUUUACUAAUCAGAGUAAUCUCAAAAUACACCAGCGCAUUCACACUGGAGAGAAACCGUAUGAGUGCUCACAGUGUGAAAAGAGUUUUACUAAUCAUAGUGCUCUCAAAAAACACCAGCGCAUUCACACUGGAGAGAAACCAUAUCAGUGCUCUGAGUGUGAGAAGAGCUUUAAUAUACGGAGUGACCUCAAAAGGCACCAGCGCAUUCACAGUGGAGAGAAAUCGGAUCAGUGUGGGGAGAUUAUUGUUUAGUAUAAAUGAACCCACAGGCUCUGCGUUCAUCUGCUCAAACACUCACACAUCUUCACUCCAGCUCUCAGUCGUGUGUUUCAUUAAGUGAGUGUGUGAGCAGUUGUGUGCAGGUGAGUAAGUCAGGUGAUCAGGUGGAUUAGUUCUGUAUCCAGGGUGUUUUAAUGUGUAAAUAUUGAGAGGAUGUGAUGUAAUACUGAUCUGCAGGAAGUGCUUACUGAAAAUAAAUGAAUGGAUCACUUUGUUGUCUCGUAUUGACCAUCCUGUUACCUGCUAGGGUUAGGGUUAGGUUUAGGGUUAGGAUCAGUGUUGAGUUUUCGUCUACAUCUGCUUACAUUCUUCCAUUAUGUUCUUAGCAGAGGACUGCUUUAAACUCAGUGUCCAGAUCAGGAUCAGAGAUGGAACAUCUCACCUUAUUGGUGUCGUCGGGGCACUGACUGUGGUGGAUGAGUAACCCAGGAUACUUGGAAGAUCACUCACUGGUUCAGCAUUUAGCGGACACUUUUGUCAAAAGUGACUUAAAGUACUGGGACAGUAUACAGUCUGAGCAAUUGAGGGUUAAGGACCUUUCGAUUACUAAUCCAGUACCUUAACCACUAGGCUACAACCGCCCUACGUCAAACCUAGGUCUUUUGGUAACUCACUGACUGCGGUGGACAGCAGAAACGUCAUACAUUUUUUUUAUUGUGGUAGCUUUUUGUCUCCUGGCAACAACAUGACGUUCAGUUGAAGUUCUGCGCUUUUCACAUUUCACAAGAAACAUAUUUACAUCUUUUCAAUGUUUGUGUUUUUUGCAUUAAAUCAUGUUGUGGGUUUAUAAUGAAUUAAUAUGAUUGUAAUGGUAAU